CUUUUAGGUCGGCGGGCGGGCGGCAGCAGCCUCUCGGCGGCGUGCGGAGAGAGCUGGUACCCCGUCCCGUCCCGUCCGGUCCCGUCCCGUCCCCCGCCAUGGCGCUCGGGAAACUGCAGAAAGUGCUGAUCAGCGACAGCCUGGACCCCUGCUGCCGGGAGAUCCUGCAGGCCGGCGGCCUCCGGGUGCAGGAGAAACCCGGCCUGAGCAAGGAAGAGCUGCUGCGGGAGAUUCGGGACUGCGAUGGGCUCAUUGUCCGCUCAGCCACCAAAGUCACAGCCGAUGUGCUGGAGGCGGCGGAGAGACUGCAGGUGGUGGGCAGAGCGGGCACCGGCGUGGACAACGUCGAUGUGGAAGCAGCCACCAGGAAGGGUGUCCUGGUCAUGAACACACCCACUGGGAACAGCCUCAGUGCCGCUGAGCUCACCUGUGGGAUGAUCCUGUCCUUGGCCAGGCAAAUCCCGCAGGCAGCUGCCUCCAUGAAGGAGGGCAAAUGGGACCGUAAGAAGUACAUGGGCAUGGAGCUGAACGGGAAGACACUGGGCGUGCUGGGGCUGGGGCGCAUCGGCAGGGAGGUGGCGAUCCGCAUGCAGGCUUUUGGCAUGAAGACCAUAGGCUAUGACCCCAUCAUCACCCCUGAAGUCUCGGCCACCUUCGGUGUGGAGCAGCUGCCACUGGAGCAGAUCUGGCCCCGUUGCGACUUCAUCACAGUGCACACACCGCUGCUGCCCUCCACCACUGGGCUCCUGAACGACAGCACCUUCGCCAAGUGCCGCCGUGGCGUGCAGGUGGUGAACUGUGCCCGCGGUGGCAUCGUGGACGAGGGUGCCCUGCUGCGGGCGCUGCAGUCAGGGCAGUGUGGUGGGGCCGCCCUUGAUGUCUUCACACAGGAGCCCCCAAAGGACCGUGACCUGGUGAACCACCCCAACGUCAUCAGCUGCCCGCACCUGGGUGCCAGCACACAGGAGGCGCAGAGCCGCUGCGGCAAGGAGAUCGCCAUGCAGAUCGUGGACAUGGCCACGGGGAAGGGGCUGGCUGGCAUAGUCAACGGGCAGGCUCUCAGCAAGGCUUUCUCGCCCCAGACCAAGCCCUGGAUAGCCCUGGCUAGGGCCCUGGGCACGCUGCUGCACACAGUGGGCAAGAAAGUGCAGGGCAGCGUUCAGGUCUGCACCCUCGGAACACCUCUGCGGGAGGCUGGGAACUACCUAACGCCUGCCGUGGCUGCGGGCAUGCUGGCUGGAGGGACACAGAAGGAGGUGACCCUGGUGAAUGCCCAGUUGCUGGCCCAGGAGGCUGGGCUGAAGGUCACGACCACCCACAACGACGUGGCCCCCGAGCCCGAUGGCAGCACCGGCUUGCUGCAGGUGGCCCUGCAGGGCACCCCUCACCGGGCAACGGGAACGGUGCAGGGCAGCACUCCUGUCCUGCGGGAGCUCAAUGGGGCCACCUUCAAGCAGCCGGCCCCGCUGGCCGGCCCUGUCCUCAUCUACAGAGCCAAAGCCUCCGAGCCCAGCACGCUGCCCACGCUUGCUGGGAUGCUGGGGAAGGUGGGGGUCCAGCUCCAGUCCUACCACAGCUCUGCCAUUGUGGCGGGGGAGCAGUGGAGCAUCGUGGGGCUCUCGGCCCCCCUGUCCGACCUUGGCGAGCUGAAGCCACGCGUCACGGAGGUCUUCCAGCUCCACCUCUAGUCCCCAAGCGCCGGCAAGGACUCUCCCAACAGCCGCAGGACCUGGACCCGCACCCCCCCCAAGCUGGGGGAGCAUUGCAUCUGGCCCCACCUGGCCCCCACGCUGGGCUUGGGGUGGCCCCAUGCUCAAUAAAGGGUCCAGCAGGA